GCUGCUGUCCUGUCCCAGGCCACACUGGAGCUGGUGCCCACACAAGGCACCACGCCAGGCUCUGACGACACCCACUUCGCCCCCAGCACCUCUGGGUACCCAUGUACCCACCAGAACACACACUCACCUCAGCUCAGAGACUGCAGCUGCUGACCUAAAGAUUCCAGCGGGAAACUCCAAGGGUGAAAGGUACACAGCACAACGGUGGGAGCUGACGGGCAGGGCAGCCAGUAGCACCAUGUCUGUGACCCACGGGAAGAUGGGACUCUCCUUGACUCAGGAGAUCCUCAGUCACCUGGGCCUUGCCAACAAGACUGCAGCUUGGGGCACCCUGGGCACCCUCAGAACCUUCUUGAGCUUCAGUGUGGACAAGGAUGUACAGAGGCUGCUGAAGGCCAUAGCAGGCCAAGGUGUGGACUGUAUUGCCAUUCUGGACGUGCUGACCAACCGGAGCCGAGAGCAAAGGCAGCUCAUCUCUCGAGCCUUCCACGAACGCACCCAGCAGGACCUACUGAAGUCCUUGCAGGCAGCACUCUCUGGCAAUCUGGAGAGGAUCGUGGUUGCUCUGCUGCAGCCUGCAGCCCAUCUCGAUGCCCGGGAAUUGAGGAAAGCCUUGAAGGGCUCAGGUUCUGCUGAAGAUGUGGCCUUGGAAAUUCUUGCCACCAGAACCCCACCCCAGCUGCGGGAGUGCCUGGCAGUCUACAAACACAAUUUCCAAGUGGAUGCUGCGGAGGACAUCAAGUCUGAGACCAGAGGCAUCUUGCGGGACUUGCUCCUGGCCCUGGCCAAGGGGGGGCGCGAGGCCUACACUGGAAUCAUUGACUAUAACCUGGCUGCACAGGACGUCCAGGCAUUAAAGCAGGCUGAAGGACCCAGCACAGAGAGGAUGUGGGUCCUUGUCUUCACGCAGCGCAAUCCCGAACACCUCGUCCGAGUGUUGAACCAGUACCAGCGGGACGUGGGGCAUGAGUUGGAGAAGACUGUCCGGGCCCGUUUCCAUGGAGCCGCCUGCGUGGCUCUGCUCAGCCUAGCCUUGGUGAUUCGAAACACACCCCUGUACUUUGCUGAUAAACUUCAUCAAGCCCUCCAGGAGACUGAGCCCAAUUACCAAGUACUGAUGCGCAUCCUUAUUUCUCGAAGUGAGACUGAUCUUCUAAGUAUCCGAGCCGAGUUCAGAAAGAAAUAUGGGAAGUCCCUCUACUCUUCCCUCCAGGAUGCAGUGAAAGGGGACUGCCGGUCAGCCCUACUAGCCCUGUGCAGGGCGGAAGACCUUUGAGACCUCAUCCCCGCAUGACGUUCAAGGAUCUGAGAUUCUCUUGUUUGGCUGAGCCUGCAGGAGACCAGCUGGGCCUCCAAAUAAGAUAACCCCUCACUGAGCACCACAUGUUCCAGCUUCUUGUUGAGGCCAGAACUCAAAGUUUCUUUUAAAUUCCUUCACUUCUCUCAUCUCAAAGUGAUGUCUGCACCUGGGUCCCCUAGCUCUGUCCUGGGUGUGCAAAACGAGAUCGCUUGGAUAGUUUCUGUCCUAUUCAUUCUUCCUGAAUUCUGGCCAGAAUAUCUCGCUAAUGCUUGAUUUCUUUUGGCAAACUUCACUGUCAUUUGUGUUCCCUGAUUGAAGUUUGGGUGGAGCAGGACACUGGCUGGGAGGAGGCCUUGAAGUUGGAGGUGCCUUUGAUGUGCACUUGGAUAUUCAACAGGAGUCCUGUUUGAGGCUCUAAACUGCAGUUGUCAACAACUUGCCUCCUCUGUGCCUCCCCCCUCACCCACAUUAUUCUCUCUUCCCCAGGAAAUUUCAGGCAAAAUAAGUGAGAACCAGGAACCACGAGGCCAGAAAUGGCUAGAAGUAGCAAAGGACCAUCUGUAUGACCUGAGAAGCAAGCAAAAGAUCAAGCUACCCUUUCCCUGAAUGGGAACAUUUGGGUGGGUUAGCAGGGCACACAAUUCUCAAAUUCAUCUGUCCAAAGCUGGGACUUAGCAACCCACCUCCCAAAUUAGAGUACUACCUCCAAAAGAAGGGGCAUCCCCGGUGACUCAGUGGGUAAAGACCCCUGGGUUGGGAAGGUCCCCUGGAGAAGGAAAUGGCAGCUCAUUCCAGUAUUCUUGCCUGGAGAAUCCCCACAGAGAGAGGAGCCUGGCAGGCUACAGUCUAUAGUGUGGCGAGAGGUGAACAUGACUUAGCAACUAAACAACAUGUGUGCAUGUUAAGUCACUUCAGUCGUGUCUGACUCUUUGCGACCCUAUGGACUGUAGCCCGCCAGGCUCUCUGUCCAUGGAAUUCUCCAGGCAAGUGUACUGGAGUGGGUUAACAGCAACAACCACAUGAAAAAAAAAAACAAGAAAGGAAAAAAGCAGACUUUUAGCUCCCCCUGC